AUGAAAAAGGCGAACGCGGCGUCGGGGAUGGCAGUGGAGGACGAGUGCAAGCUCAAGUUUUUGGAGCUAAAGUCGAAAAGAAACUAUCGGUUCAUAAUAUUCAGGAUAGAUGGUCAGCAAGUGGUUGUGGAGAAGUUAGGAAACAAGGAGGAGACUUACGACGAUUUCUCCGCUUCCCUCCCUGCCGACGAGUGCCGCUAUGCUGUCUUCGAUCUCGAUUUCACCACCACUGAAAAUUGCCAGAAGAGCAAAAUCUUCUUCAUCGCCUGGUCACCGGAUUCAUCUAGAGUGAGGAUGAAGAUGGUGUACGCGAGCUCUAAGGAUAGAUUCAAGAGAGAAUUGGAUGGCAUUCAGGUUGAGUUACAAGCCACUGAUCCUAGCGAGAUGAGCUUCGACAUUAUCAAAAGCCGAGCUCUCUAG